AUGGACAUUGAUCACAUCAAACAGCGCCGAUGGAACUCUUCGGUUACAUACGACGCUGCUAAUAUAAUAACAUACAACCUAGCCAUCGGUGCAAGCGGACAAGACCUCCGCAGGUGCUGGGAGGACCAUCCAGAGUUCCACGCCCUGCCGACAUUCACCUCGCUGGCGGUUAUUGAUAUCAUGGGGAAGGUGACUCGCGAUAUGCCAACAUUGCUACCACAGUACAAGCCAGAAAAAUACCCGCAUGUUCAUGCAGAGCAUUAUCUUGAGAUGAAGCAGCCACUGCCUACUUCAGGGACACUAGUAUCCGAGGCCAGGAUCAUCGAUGUCGUUGAUCGCCGCUCUGGCGUGGCGGUCAUUGUGGGAAUCACGACCAAAGAGGCGAAGGCUGGAUCUGAUAUAUGCUAUAAUGAGUGGACCUCAUUUCUGAUGAAGAUGCCAACUGAUGGAGCAUGGAAGCCAUCGCGUUUAAACGCCCGGAGUGGCUCUUCUCUACCAGCAAGGGAAUGUGAUACGAGCGUGGACCAUCAGACAACCAGCGAGCAAGGCGCCUUAUACCGAGCUGCAACUGGAGAAUGGAACCCAAUGCACAUUGACCCCGGGCAUGGUAGGCGAGCAGGCUUUGCUGGGCCGAUUCUAUCUGGCACUUGCACGGUCGGGGUCGGAGUAAGGCAUGUUGUCGAUACGUUUGGCGGAGAUUCAAGCAGACUUAAAAGCGUGAGGCUCCGACUGAGCAAGCCUGUUUUUCCUGGGGAACUUAUCCGGACGCAGAUGUGGGAGGAAGACGAUGGGACGAGAAUUGUGUACCAGCAGGUGGCUGAAGACGGCAGGGUGGUGAUAUCCCAGGCUGAGAUAGCACUGAGCCCUGAUGCUAAGAGUGUCAGGAGCCAGCUGUAG